AGUUUGGAAUUUUCUCCAACUGCAAGUCUGCAAAAACUUCUCCCUCUCUCAUCUUGCCUAACCCCACCAAAAUCCGGUACUAACAUGCUACAACACGGAGCCGCCGCCAUGGAGGCCGGAGUAGUAGCAGCUGACGUGGCCGGUGGGAGGAAGAGAGACAGACCGUUCAAAGGGAUUAGGAUGAGAAAAUGGGGAAAAUGGGUGGCGGAGAUCCGAGAGCCCAACAAACGCUCAAGGCUAUGGCUCGGCUCUUACUCUACCCCUGAGGCGGCGGCGCGUGCAUACGACACGGCCGUUUUCUACCUGAGAGGACCUACCGCGACGCUCAAUUUCCCGGAGCUUAUGCAGAGCACCGAGAGAUCCUCCGUCCAGGACAUGUCGGCGGCGGCGAUCAGGAAAAAGGCCACGGAGGUCGGAGCUGAGGUUGACGCGUACGGGAUGGCGGUGAUGAACAGCAAACGCCGCCGCGUUUUUGGUCAAAAGGGUGACUAUGCUGGCGGGUUACUGGAGCGGGUUGACUUGAACAAGUUGCCUUACCCGGAAAAUCAGGAUAACGAUGUGGUGGGGAAAUAAACUAUUUUUAAAAAAUAUAUAUUUGAAAGAAGCUAUCUUACAACGCUGCCUGUUGCUAUCGUACGCGGUGACCCGGGGAUGCUGUUUCGUCCUUAUUAGCAUUGAAAUUUCAACUCAAAGUGAAAUUCUGUACAUUAUUCUUGAUUUAGUGGUUGAUAUGAGUCAUAUGACUCUUCUUGUAACAUGUAUCGUUUGUUUGAUAAACACUAAAGUACCAAUUUAAUGAA